AAAUUAAAUGGAUCACGAAAACACAACUGUGUUGAGUUUAUUGGCGCUCAAUUGUUAUGUUAAAAAAUGGAUCUUGAUUGGCUGCUGGGCUUGUGACGUCAGGGCGCAGGAGUCGCGGACGCAGCUCGAGGCAGAAAAAGUUUCACUUGAGCCCAGCUCUCCGUGGUGCUGCCCGUGUCUGUGAAAGCGCUGAAACUUGUGACUGAGGAGAUUAAAUUCAUGCGAGAAGCCAAGCGAAGGAAACAUCUUAAAGCUGGACUCGAACGGUAUUUUUCGCUGUAACCGUGUUUUUUUAAAGCACUUUCACACUGGUGGCUUUUUACGACGAAGUCUGAGGGAUUUUCUCUCAUCCCGUUCAAGAUGAACUUGGAGCCGGUGUUUGGAAAACUUUCUAUGCUGGUAGCAGGCCUCAUCUUUGUGCUGGUGUGCCAUGCAGCAGAUCCUCCAUCGCCUCAGUGGUCCACUGAUGAAUACAGAAACCUUACCCUUCGACGACACAGGAACUGCGUUGAAAACCAUCAGUACCUCCACCAGGGACUCUGCUGCCUCAACUGCCAGGCUGGAAGCUUCGUGCAGAAGGCCUGUGAACGAGAUCAAGAAAAAGGGACGUGUCUUCCCUGCGAGCACGGACAGACUUACACGGAGCAUUCCAAUGGGAUGAACCGCUGUCUGCCCUGCACACACUGCCGCUCAGAUGAGAUUAAAACCACGUCGUGCACCACAACAACAGACACCAAGUGCGAGUGCAAGCAGGGAACCUUCUGUGUACCAGACCAGGCCUGUGAAGUCUGCAAACGUAAAGCCAAGUGUAAACAAGGAGAGGAGGAGGUGAGGAAGUGCACUCCAUUUUCCAACACCGUGUGUCGAAAACAGGAUCCAUCCCCCACUGAAACAUCCCCAGUACUUCCCACAUCAACCCCGUCAUCACCAGGAGACAUUGUUACUCCCGUUUGUGUUUCCCUGGUCAUUAUUCUAAUCAUAUCUCUUAUUGUACUGGCCAUCUGGUGGUUUGUGUUCAAGCAGCGGUCUUGUGGGCAAUGUUCAAAGAGCCAGUGUGACUCCAGUGAAAUUGUAAAAAUUCCAAUUUAUGAGACCGGAGCAACGGCUGAGGAGAGACAAAAUGAUCAGAAUGCAGGACUGGAGGGCGAGGAGACUCGUCCGGAGUCUAGACCCCUCCUGCAGGAGACCCAGGUCGGUAUAACCAAGUCACCUCCCCUGGAGGACGAGGACCGAGGGCUGGGAGACAGUCUUCCCAACACAACCAGUUCAUCCCAAACCAGCCUGUCAGCCCUGCCCACUGCAGUGUCCUCUGGUAACACUCCACACCAAAGCCCUAGUGCCUUUAGGCAGUCCACUGCUGAUGUGGACGAUCCUCUGCGACAUCGCCUGGUUCCACUACUAGGGUCCGAAAAGUCCCUGAAGAAAAGCUUUGAUUUGUUCGACGAGUACCUGGAUGUUCGGGUCCACAACAAGUUCUUCAGAAUGCUUGGAGUCAGCGACAAUCACAUCCGCAUCGCGGAAAACGGCCCCCCGGGUGAUAAGGUCUAUGAACUGCUGAAGAACUGGAUGCAGAGGCAGGGACUGAAGGCCGACAUCAACAACCUGUUAAACACCCUGCUGAGCAUGGACCAGCGACGCUCGGCCGAGAGCAUCGCCUCCACGGCGCUGCAGAGAGGCUACUACAGGCACGCAGACACGCCCUGAAGAACACCACCAAGAAUGAAGAAAACAUAUUUAAAAACCAGAGAAACUAGAAGCACACAGACGCUGCAGGUGGACGCUGUGCCGUCUGAACAGGCUUACCUCUCUGUGGCCGUGCAGCCACGCAUUCAAAAGCCAGUAAAUACUAAAAAAAAAAAGACAACAAACAAAAAAUUAAACAAAAACACACAAAAAGGGUAAGCUCAAGUCAAAGCGAUCAAUGCUGCAAACAGACUGCCUGUGUAAAACACACAAAUGUCUUGUAAAAUCCUCCAUGAAGAAAAAAUUGUGUGGACAAAUUCAGUACUGCGGUUAUAACACGGCAAAAAAAAAUUACCAUGAAGGCGUCAACGUCCAUGGGCACGAGUGGCGCCAUCUGUCUCUUGCUGUAGCAAAGCAAUGUGCAGCCAGAAUACUGAAAGAUGAAGACGUCUCUGAGUGUGUGUGUGUGUGUGCGUGUGUCACACAGCUGAACCUUCAGCAGAGACAAGGAUAUACACUGGUUUGUAUGAGUGGCAUUAGCUGUGUCACUAAUACUGUGCCUCUCUAAUGCACUGACCUCUGGCACAUGUAGGAUGUAAAGAAUAGAGUUAACGCAUCGUGUUGUUUUGUUUGUUUUUCGUCGGCCCGAGUGUUCGUCAGUCCAAGUGUUCGUCGGUCCGAGUGUUCGUCAGCCCGAGUGUCCGUCAGCCCGAGUGUUUGUCAGCCCGAGUGUUUGUCAGCCCGAGUGUUUGUCGGUCCGAGUGUUCGUCGGUCCGAGUGUUUGUCAGUCCGAGUGUUCGUCAGCCCGAGUGUUCGUCGGUCCAUGUGUUCUUAUAUUUGUCAUCGAGCUUUAACCUGACAGGAGAUCGUUGCCAACAAUUUCUGUACAGCCUUACUAA